AGAAAUUCGCGAUGGAGGGGCUCUCUUCAGCUCUGCGAUAGGGGGACGUUUGACAAAACUCCCUCAUUUCUUUUUUUCGAAUCUUCACCAGGAGUUCCCUCCGGUAACAAAUAAACUUCCAGCCCAAGAACCCGUAAGACACGUACGAACCGACAGACAUGGCCCCACUCGCUUCUUACAAAGCCGACUUCCUCCGGGCGGCCAUCGCCGGCAACAUCCUCAAGUUUGGCAGCUUCGAGCUCAAGUCGAAGCGCAUCUCGCCCUACUUCUUCAACGCGGGAGACUUCUACCGGGCCGAUCUGCUCGAGGCGCUCGCGACGGCGUACGCGCACGCCAUCAUCGAGGCGCACCGGAGCGGCGCGAUCCAGUUCGACAUCGUCUUCGGCCCGGCCUACAAGGGGAUCCCGUUGGCGACGGCGGCCACCAUUCGGCUGGGCCAGCUGGAUCCGGCCACGUACGGCCAUACCACGUGCUACUCGUUCGACCGCAAGGAGGCAAAGGACCACGGUGAGGGCGGCAACAUUGUGGGGGCGCCGCUCAAGGGCAAGAGGGUGCUUAUCGUGGAUGAUGUGAUCACGGCUGGCACGGCGAAGCGUGAGGCGAUCGCCAAGAUUGAGAAGGAGGGCGGUAUCGUAGCCGGCAUCGUGGUCGCGCUGGACCGCAUGGAGAAGCUGCCUUCGCCGGAUGGCGACGAUAGCAAGCCGAUGCCGAGCGCGAUCGGUGAGCUCCGGAAGGAGUAUGGUCUGCCCAUCUUUGCGAUUCUCACCUUGGACGACAUCAUCGAGGGUAUCAAGGGGCUCGCAUCCGAGGAGGACAUCAGGAGGACGGAGGAGUACCGGGCCAAGUACAAGGCGACCGACUAGGCGGGAGGAACAAAUCUAGAUUGUGCAAACCGCUCUGUGAAUACAAAAAAAAAAAAAAAAAAAAGGGCGUCGGGGUAGUGACCCCACGCCUGAUUCGGGGGUAAAGCGCUGUGUAGCCUAGCGCUACUUUGGUAAGUGCAUCUUCUGAUUGGAAAGGCUCGACCCCCAAUGUAAAGCACAAAGAGGCAAGUCCAGAGUAGAAAGCGCCCAUUAUUACG